GAGAGAGAGAGAGAGAGAGAGGGAGGCAGAGGGACGCGUGAGAGAGCAAGAAACACGCAAAGCUGUCAAACGCAACUAAAGCGGACUGUGGGGCAGCUGGCUGCCGCUGGGCACUCACACCUAAAUCAUUUUGAACAUACAAACCUACUUACCUCGCAGGGUCGAAGCCACUUCACACAGGUGCUGAAGUCGGAAGUGACUGGACUUUUAGUUGGACAUCUGGGCGCUUGGCUGUGGAGCUGACGGGCUGGGCGACAUGGACCCGCUGCUGCCCGCCGAGACGGACCUGAUGGAGCGAGAGGCAGACAAGGAUGCGAGGAGGAAGAUCCAGUUCUCCGUGCCUUCCCCCGUGCCCACCCAGCUGGACCCGCGACAGGUGGAGAUGAUACGACGUCGAAGGCCGACACCAGCCACGCUCUUCAGGCUGACAGACCCGCCGUCACCAGAGGAAGACGUCGUCCCCCACCAGUGGGUUCUGGGGGAAAAUGGAGCCUUGAAAGCCAAACUUGUUCACACGUCAACCUACCAGCCACCCUCACUCAAAGCUGUCCAGAGAAUGGCCCAGGCCCACCUGUCCUCCCUGGACAUGUCUUCUGUGGACAAAGAGGAACCCUUUUCAGGGGAGGAAGAGGAGCAACAAGAGAAAAAGAAGAGCCAACAGACAGACUCAGCUACAGAUCUAAGGGAAGAAAGCAAACCACUCAGGGUUCAGUUUGCUCCGCCGGACAAUUUGACAGAAGGUGUUGACCUCAGCUGUCACCACGCCGACAAAGAGGAGGAAAAAGAGGAAGGAAGAGGAGAAUGACAAAAGAAGAGGACUCAGAUGGAGGCAAAGCGUUAGUGUGGAACAGGCUUGCAUUGCACACAUACGGGUUGUACGUGUGCAUGCAUGGGUGUGUGUAUAUGAGUGUGUGUUAUCUGGGUUUGUAAGUGUGUGCACGCAUGUGACAAAAGAGCUGAAUGUAGACAAAUGAGGGUGAGAGAGAGAGAGAGAGAGAAACAGGGAAGGCUUUGGAGAAUAUUAAUGAGCAGCUUUACGGAAAUGUUUAACCUGAGACUUUUAACUGACUUUCAGUCAGUCGAGGAAGCCAGGCCUAAAAACCAACAAGCCAAGGACGUGGCACAAGAAAUAUGAGAACUGAAGCAUAAGUAAAUGUUCAACAGGAUUCAACAGAAUUUGGAGACUUCUGAGUUUUCCAGGAAAACUAUAUCCCUGUGUGAAGAAUCCGAUUUUAGUGAUACUGGUGCUGAAACACGCAUCCCAAGAACAAUUACAAUGACCAGAGAUGGUGGGUUAUUGUACAUGAUGCACCAUGUUACUUGAUAUACUAAAGUAUGAUGAAUACAGGGUAUACAGUAAUCAGAAACUGUCAUAACUGUGCUCUCUGUUUGUUUCUUCAUCCUUACAGACAUUUGUGUGCAAGGUCAAGGAAAUCAGAGAGUGGAUUACAGACAGUUUGAGCGCAGCCACAGCAGACCAGAUUAAAUCAUAUCAGACUAAUCCAACUAAUCACAAUGAUGCAGCACAAUUUUUCUGGUUUGACGUUAUGACCAGGAUUUUUGUAACAUGGCGAUUAACAGGCUUGAUCUGUUUGGGAUGAUAGAGAUGAUAGGUGGGAAACGAAGGAAGAUGUAUUUUUUCAGAAACAGUAUAUUAAUAUAUAUGAUGAGCGUGAAGAUUCAGUUUUGAUCUUGCAUAUAAAUGAUGUUUUGUGUUGGUUGCUAAUAAAAUAAUUACAAUGGGCUUUU